AUGGCUCCAGGUAUCAUCUCAGAUCUGCCGGUGCGAGAAGGAAGUUCUGCCCAUACUGGCACGCAGACAUAUCCCGCUCCUCUAAAGCGAUCGGGCGCUCUGGAUCAAUUCCAGUAUGAGGAUAUUACGCCGAUCAUCGGACGGGAAUUCCUCAACGUCAACAUCGUGGAUGACUUGAUCAAUGCCCCCAAUGCUGACCAGUUGCUUCGAGAUGUGGCAAUCACGAGUAGGUCUUGAAGGCUCCCAUCUGAAACGGUCUUUUAACAUUUCACAGUCUCUGAACGGGGCGUCCUGUUCUUUCGCAAACAAGACAAUCUCACCGACGAUCUUCAAAAACAGCUCGUCCACCGUCUCGGCCAACUAACAGGCAAACCAGCUGAUUCGACGCUCCACAUCCACCCCGUAUUGAACAACACCUCCGAAUUCGGGGUCGGCGACGCGGAAAUCAGCCACAUUUCCUCCGUCGCCCGCAAGAAGAUGUUCCGUCACCAAGAAGCCGCGAAGAAGAAUUCCCGUCGCUACGACUCAGCCCAGUGGCACAGCGAUAUCCAGUUCGAACCCAACCCCGCCGACUACACCUCCCUGCGUCUGACCAAGUUGCCGCAGAACGGAGGCGACACGCUAUGGGCUUCAGGCUACGAGAUCUACGAUCGCUUCUCCCCGGCGUAUCGCAAGUUCUUGGAAGGCCUGACGGCUACAUUUUCCGGCGAUGGCUUCAUCAACGCCGCCAAAGCAGACCCGGAAAAUAUCAAAAUCUACGAACAGCCGCGCGGAAGCCCGAACAAUGUCGGACCGGCUCUGACCGCCGUGCACCCCGUCGUGAGGACGAAUCCCGUGACCGGAUGGAAGAGUCUCUUCGCUCUCGGCCCGUUCCCAAAAGUGAUCAACGAGCUGAACGCGGAGGAGAGCGAGGAGCUGCUGGCGAAGUUCAAGCGUACCGUUUUGGACAAUCACGAUCUGAGUGUGCGAUUUAAAUGGAGGAAUGAGAACGAUCUUGGUGAGUCUCGGUUCUCUUUUUCGAUCCGGAAGGAAUCGUGCCAUGAUGCUAAUGAUAAGCAGCUAUUUGGGAUAAUCGGUGUGCUUUUCAUACUGCGACGUAUGAUUAUGAAGGCCUCGGGGAGCGGUUUGGGCAUCGGGCUGUGGGGAUUGGCGAGACGCCGUAUUUGGAUCCGAAGAGCCAGUCUAGAAGCGAGGAGUUGUUUGGCUUUACGAGUAGCUCGUGA